CGAUGUGCUGCCUGUUCCUGCUUCCAGGAGAGAUGCAUCCGUGCAAUAACAGAAUUUGUGGAAGAUCUAGAACAGAAUGGUUUUAAAUAAGAAGAUGCAAGCGCCACUGAAACACACUGUUUGAAUGAGCUAAUCAAAGACUAUUGGAUUUGAAGCCAAUUUACUGAGAGCUGACCAAUCAAAACCACGUAAAAGCCAGUGACCUUGUUGUCUGGGAAAACUUAAAUUUCCCAUUUAUCGAUCGGGAAUUUGGGUCAUCGUAGAGUGAGAUAACGGGAAAUGGGAGACGGAAGCAGAAAGGCUGUUGUUAAAAAUGCGGAUAUGUCUGAAGAAAUGCAGCAAGAUGCAAUAGAAACAGCAACACAUGCUUUCGAGAAAUAUAACAUUGAGAAAGAUGUAGCCGCUUACAUUAAAAAGGAGUUUGAUAAAAAGUACAGUCCAACAUGGCACUGCGUUGUUGGAAGGAAUUAUGGAAGUUAUGUGACACAUGAAACCAAGCAUUUCAUUUACUUUUAUGCUGGACAAGUUGCCAUUCUUUUGUUCAAAUCCGGUUAAUGCAUAUUUCCAUAAAUGUAUUUGAAUGAUUUUAAAAAUAUAGAGUAUAUAUAAUCUCAUGCAAAUUUAAUUAAUUAAUUUUUUCUAAUAUCUGUAAAGAAGCUAUUGCAGUUUUAGUAUCUUCCUGUGUACGUCGAGUUCAGACUUGAUUUUUUAUAUCAGGCUCGAGUCCAUGUUUAUCCAUUUCUGUUAAUUACUUGUGCUUGUCUGUCCCCUUCACGAGUGACUCAUUUGGAGG